CCAGAACCAGAAGACUCCGGACCACGCCACUCUUCUCACUCUCACCUUUCGUGUUCUUCAUCCAUUUGGGUUUAUCAAUCUUCCCCUGAAUCUCCAAAAGUCUUAAGUGGAGACCUUCAAGUCGACUUUCGUUACUCCCGGAGCUUUCAUUUGGUGCGGUUUCUGUUGGUUCUGACGCUAAUGGUCGAAAUUAGUGUUUUUACGUCCAAAGACCACCGAAUUGGGGGAUUUCAGACCGAAAUACCGGCCACUGAGGAGAGAGGUCUGCUGAAGUCACUAUUGGUUACUGGAAAUCUGCUUUGAAUUAUGUCAACUAGCCGACUCCUGCUUCAACAAUCCAUAGAUGAUGCUCCGACUAGUACUGCAAAUUGGACACUUGAGUUAGAAAACACAUAUAUCGACAUAAUGGUGGAUCAUGUCAAAAAGGGAGACCGGAACACGACAACAUUCUCGAAACCAGCAUGGAGACAGAUUCGUGAGGAGUUCUACAUCCAGACAGGGAGGAAGUAUGAUCUAAAGCAGUUCAAGAACAAGUUCAACCUGUUGAGAGCACGUUAUAGGGUUUUUAAGAAACUACUGACAUUGCCCCCUGGCUUCAGUUGGGAUCCAGUCCUGAAAACUGCCAGUGCCCCAGAUGACGUAUGGGAUGAUUAUAUAAAGGAUAAUCCAGAUGCAAAGAGAUUCCGUAGAGCUGGCUGUCCCGAGUAUGAUCAGUUGGAGAUCAUAUUUGGAGAUGCAACUACAUCAGGGAACACUGCAUCUGCAAGCACACAGGAUUUGCCAUCCACUGAUGAUGAUGUAGAAAAACGUGAAGUUGACAUUCCCUUUGCAUUACCUUUUUAUGCUCCAUUUGAGGCAUGUAUUACUUCCAAUAUGUCAGAGGAUGUCGAGGGUGAUCUAGAUGAUAACACCUGCCACCGGUCACGUACACCCUCUAGCACUCAUCGAGGGAAGAGGGAACGGACCUUUGAGAUGUCUGAUGCUAUCAAAUUCAUGGCCCAAGCAUCUAAUAGAAGGACAAAUGCACUCAUUGAGCGUGCUGAGAAGUAUUCAAUUGCAAAGUGCAUUGAAAUACUUGAGGGUAUGGAAGGCCUUCCUAUGCGAACUUACUUGAAGGCAACAAAGAUGUUCCAGGAGAAGGGAUGGAGAGAAACAUUUAUUGAGAUGUCUGAAGAUCGUAGGAAGGGUUGGUUGGAGGGGGUAGCGUCUGGAGAGAUUUAAAUUUGCUUAGCUUAUGAUUCGGAACCAUAAUUUUUUUUUUUUUUUCUUUUAUGUUUAGUAACUUGUAAUGUGAUAAAUGUGUUUUUCCUUCUCCAGAUUGGUCAUAUCCUAGUGGAUACAUCUUGUUAGUUAUAUCUGUUUUCAAUGGUUAAAUUCAUUGGACCAUCUCAUUUUCUUGUUUUAAAGGUUGGUGCAUGUAUAUUCCUUUUUGCAUGCAGUGUUGUAUGACACAUUUUUCUGUGGAAUAUGGAUUAAUGUGUCAUUAAUUUGUUGUUA